AUAUUGUAUUUGUUAUUGACUUUUUUGUUUGGCUAUUAACUUACUGUUUUAUUACACUUUUAUGAAUGGAAAAUCACAUUAUUUUCAAAUAUUGAGUAAUUAUUAUCGCAGAAUAUAAUUAUAGACCAUGAAAUUUCAGGUUUUUUUGUUUGCUAAAUAAAUUGACUUUUGCUCAAGUAACAAUUAGGUAGUUCACAAGGUGUCAUACAAUCGUAAAUCGUAUAUGAAAAUCUUAAAAAAGUAUAAGACUUGUGAGCAUCCCUGUGAGUUGUAAAUAACAUAUAGUCAUAUCUAAUCAGCUGUUUGCUAAAAUUUAAAUAACUAAAAUGCCGCGCGCAAGUGAAAAAGACAAAAUUGUAGCAGUUGUGUGCCUAAAUCAUAUGAUUGAUUUACUGGAUAUGAAUUCGAGCGACGAGGAAGAUGAAGCGAUUGAAAAUUUUAAUUCAUACAUGCUUUGUGUGCUAAAUAAUCGCAGAGGUGUUCACCUUGGCAUUCCAAAAUCAUGCGAAUGGGAGCAAACGGUGCUCAGAAAAUUCGAUGAUAACAGGUUCAAUCAAAUGGUUAGGGUCCGUCCCGAGGAGUUUUGUUAUAUUUUAAACUUAAUAAAGCAUGACGAAGUUUUUAACACAAGUUCAAGUGAAGUGCAGCUCCCAAUAGAAUUGCAGCUUAAAAUUGUCCUUUACCGUUUAGGAUCAUCCGGUGAAGGACAAUCUGUGCGUAAAGUAGCUUCCCUUUUUGGUGUUGGUGAUGGGGGCACUAUUUACAAUCUAACCAGGAGGAUAUUUAAAGCCAUUUUAAAUUUGAAGUCUAAAUUCCUAUUUUGGCCCCAUGAAAGAGAAAGGCAGCAAAUUGUGUCCUCAACCAGUACAGAAAUGCCGGGAUGUGUUGGAUAUGUAGACGGUUCUGAGGUUAAACUAUCUGAAGCUCCUGUUAAUGAGCAUACGAUGUACUAUUCUCGCAAACGGCAAUAUGCGGUCAAGCUUCAAGCUAUAUGUGAUUAUAAAUUGAGAAUAAGGCAGUUAAUAGUUGGUUAUCCGGGUAGUGUACAUGACGCAAAAAUAUUUUCGAACUGUUUACUCUUUAAACAUCCGGAGCGUUUCUUGUCAACCUCGCAGUGGAUAGCUGGGGAUAGUGCCUAUCCACUGAAGCCCUUUUUAAUUACGCCAUUCAGGCAAAAUAGCAGCGAGUACACAGAAGAAGAAAAGCACAGUUUCAACAAAUAUUUCUCAAAAUACCGUGUACGAGUCGAGAACUGCUUUGGUCUUUUGAAAGAAAAAUUCGGUAGCCUUAAGGAACUUAAAUUCAGAAUGCAUUCGAGAUCAAAUAAGAAUCAAUGCAACGACUGGAUUACUGUGUGCUGCAUUCUUCACAACAUUCUUAUUAAUAUUCACAUUGAAAAUGAAGACGGAAAUGAAGUUCCAGGUCCUCAGUUCGAUUUACCAUUAGAAUGUAACACCAGAGAUUUUCUUUUAAAUUUUAUACAAAAUAAAACAGCUUAGUUUGUAUAUCUAGCUAAUAUGUAUUGUUUCAAAAUUCCAAUUUUAUAUGUUUAGGCACUCGGAGCUUUUUUGUUUAUGUAAAAGUAAAGUACUCGACACUGUGCUAUGUGAGAUUUCGACAAUCUUGGUGGAAAAAUUAUUUCUUUAAGAUUUUGGUCAUUAUAUGGAUUAUUUAUAAUUGAAAAACAUACAUUUUUCUUUUAAAUAUACUUUAGAAGAAAAACUUAUGCUUAAGGUACAACAGUUUAAUUAAAAAUAAUCCAAGAAAAUUUACUUGUGCUCCAAAGGAAACAUUCCAAAUUAUAGAUAAUACAUAUAUGUACAUAUAUAUACACAAAAGUAUAUUUCCUCAAAUAUAUAUUAGAAUAAUAGAAUCAUUAAAAAAAAUGCAUACAUACUCUCUCAAAACAAAUAAAUGAUUUGCUUUUAAACAUAU